GGCGAUUGAACCAGAAACUACAAAUCAAAACGAUCCCCGAAUGACACGGCCAGUCGAGGUGGCUAGACCGAUAUGACCAGUCAGCCCUGCCCACGCCUGAAAUUCGCCUACCUCGCCAUCACUAACCCCCACAGCCCUGCAACAGACUGGAUCCACGUCCAGAGGGUGCACCUACAGCAGAACAGUGAGGUCGCUCCUCUGUGAGAUCUUUCGCGUCGUGCGUUUAGCAGGGGAGCGGCUUGUGCAGGCGGAGGCUGUGUAUGUGUGUGUGUGGAGGGGGGUGAUAAAAGCAGUGUUGUAAACGUCCUUAAAAACUCUAAGGAGCCAAUCGCCUGCCACUCGAGGCGUGUCUGCCAGCCUGCUGCUCGAGAAGAGGGCGAGCAAAACCAAGUCUCAUUUCAGCGCUCGCAGCCAGACUGAACUACUGUAGGACCGAGCAGCCAGGCAGCAGGGAGCCGGACAACAAGCCGCUUGCGCGACCCAGAGCGGGACCCGGGACUCCGUUUACCACUCUGCUGCACCGAUCCUUCUGUGAAAUCCCGGAAUUGAGGCAAAAAGAAGCGCUGGGAGUUAUACGAAGAACUUCUCGGCACAUUCAGAGCGUCCUCAAACCGGUCGCUGUGUGUUGCGGUCUACAGUGACCGGCACACUCCACUAGGCGCCGGCCGACACACGUGGCACUUCUCGCUGCUGUAAAUCCGUUGCUUUGGGGCUCAGCAGCUCAGGGAAGAGGGUGAGAGAGGAAACAUCUCUUACCACUGCCCCCUCCCUCUGUAUCUCUCACACACGCUCCCUAGCUCUCUCCCGCAGUUAUUUAUAGCUCAAAGGGCCUUUGACAACUAAGGCUACUACAUCUUUCAUCCCGGGAAACGGGGAACGAAAAAAAAAAACGCAACAACAACAAAAGGCAAGCGUGUUGCCCAGGACAUUAAAACUUGCAAAGACAUUAAAAAAGCCCAACACACAGUUAUGUGGAGAACAACGAGCGUCGCGACCUGCGCUCUGGCGCUGCUGCUGCUGCUGGUCGACGCACCUCAGUCGAGAGGUCAAAACAUCGCUGCACAAUCCCCCAUCUCCACCACCCCUGAAGCCUCCACCAGGGUAACUGAGGCUGUGUCAGAAAGCACCAGCUCAGCUGUGCCCCACAGCCCCAACAGCACCAACAACAACCCGGCCACCAACAGCACCAACGACAACCCGGCCACUUCUAAAGCCACCGUCGCCGUGGUAACCACACCCGGCACCACGAUGACGCACAGCGUGACGACAAGCAACGGGAGCUUCCCAGCGGACCCCACGACCAGCAACACCCUCAGCAAUGUGACCCAGAGCGAGUCCACAACGCAUCCUCCUGCCGUGGGGAACACUGAGGACACUGCUGUCACUGAGCCGGCGCAGAACUCCACAGCAAACAGCACCAUGAGCCCCACUCAGGAACCCACAGCCACGCCGGCUUCCUCAAACAGCUCUGGAUUGGCUCCUCCACAAGAGGUCACGACUUCCAGGCAGAGGACCACAGGAUCUCCUGAGCCACAGGGCACAUCCCCGGACACCUCCCCGCCUCCUCACAGCACGGAGACGGCCGCUGCUCCUGCCUCCACCCCACCCGCACCUCCUACCGCUGCCCCCACAUCCCCGCCGCGCCCCCCAUCCACCGCCGCGCCCCCAGACGUCCCGGAAACCACUGCCCCGCCGAAACCUGCCGCCACCCCCUCUUCCUCCUCCGCGGAGCUCAACGUGGGCGACGACAGCAGUCAGCCUGUGUCCACCCCACCCCUGGACCCCCUGCUGGCCGGGCUGGUGUCCGUCUUCAUCAUCACCGCGGUCGUCGUCUCCCUCCUCCUCUUCCUCAAGUUCCGGCAGCGGAGAGAUCGGCCCGAAUUCCGCAGGCUGCAAGACCUGCCCAUGGACGACAUGAUGGAGGACACCCCUCUCUCCAUGUACACCUACUGAUGUGGGCUGCCUAUGUAGCCUUGAACCAGAGUGCCCAGAGCUGCCUCCACGAUCUUCACCACAGCCAGCCUGUCCCUGCUUCUUCCCUUUAAAUGACUGUCAUUCUGUUGUUUUACGUCUAUUUUUCGAAAAAACGAGACCUUCUGUUCUGGGGGGUCACCGGUUUGGCUGAGACGAUACGGGUGUGCAGCGCUUUUACAAUCUUUUUAAAAAUACCUCGAAGCGAGAAUCGGAACCUUUUUGAGAUUCAGUUUCGGGACGCCUCCUAUUGACAGGGUUCAUUUGCACCUACCUGAUUUUUGGCCAGCAAGGUGCUUGGGAUAUGGGGUCAAAGACGCUCCCAGGUCCCUGAAACUAUCCAGCCCCUCCCCCACCAACAUACACAACCCCCGUGAUUGAUCCCAGCCGCAUCCGCUGAUUUUGGGUGCACUGCUGCCCCCUGGUGGAGUGUACGUGUACUGUUUUCCGCUUUUGUUUUGCCGUUUUCCAAAACCACACAGGUCAUACAGGGCCGUGCUGCGCAGGCAGCGUUGGGGUAGGGAGGUGUAGGGAUGGGUGCUGUCUCUGUCUGCCUGUCUCCCAGUCUUGGAAUCACCCUCCCUACAUGCUGUUCAGUCAGCGAAUCUUCCUUUUAAUACCAUUGACUGCUGCUGGAUGUUGCCAGUUGUGAGCUUUCUGGAACUUCUGCUGCAUGGUUCAGAGCCACCUAAAUCUGGUCUGUUUGGCGCUGGGUAGCCAAUCCACAGCAGGGAGCAAUCCGACAGGAGAAGGGAAUUGUGAGUUAAGGGGAAGACCCUUGUAAAAGCAGUGAGCUCUGCUCAGAAGGUCUGGAGAGGAGGCCAGAGAGGAGGGAACAAGAAGAGAACAGUCCCUCUUAGCAAAGAUUUCUGUACUUGCAAACACAGGGCUUUUUCCUCUCAAUUCUGUCUGGAGUCACCUCUUGCUAAUUGGCAUAUUUCAUUAUGACAAGCCCAAUGCCAAUUACUGAAUUCCCUUGCUUCAGAGGUGGAGCUGCAGCGCUCACUCAGUGCGCUGAUCUCUGCCCUGGUGGAAUGAAGCCCAUAACAAUAAUCAUGUCAUCUCAUUUAUAAGCCAUAGAAAUUCUAAAAGCAAAAAUCCUUACAGAAAGUUUCCAAAAUGUCCAUGCUGUAAUACUGUGGAUUUAACGGUGCACAGGCAGUGACAAGACUGCUUGGGGAAUUUGAAAGAUUUUUAACUUUUGUGUAAUAAAAAAAGUCAUCUUGUCGCAGCUACAGGGAAGAGGGAGUGAUGUGCCCACAGAGGGACUUGAGAACUGGUUAUUGCCUUCGGUGGCACUGCCUGCUGGUUUUUAUCAUGCCUCCAGUUUCCAAAGACAGUGUAGUUAAUCCAUGUGUGUUUCUCUGUGCGCUUGUGAGGUUUUUUUUGCAUGCAAAGUGUUUGUGUGUGUGAGAACGGGCUUUCCAGUCUCCUCCUAUCCCUGUGUAACCUGACUAGACGAGCCGUUCCCAGGGAAUACUGUGCAGGAAGGGAGAGGGGCGCUGUGCCACUCCAGGAGGUCGGGAUCUCCCGGCUGAAGAACCCGGGUUUUCUGCAGAGCCUGUUUAAAACAGGAAGUGCCCCGCCCCAGCCCCCGCCCUGAUGCAAGAGCAGGGGAGGCCACACAGCUUCAUGAGGGAGAGCAAAGGUUCUUUAACAAGCAGGACCUGUUAAAUCUGAAGAUCAGGUUUUUGUUUCAGAUAUAUCCUGUACUUGCAAAAUCUCUUGACUUCCAUCAGACGUUUGCAAUAACGGCAGAGAUAAAAUGUCUCUUUUAAAGGCUCUCUUUCAGAGCAUAUUAGUUCUAACAGCAGUAGAAUUACCCUUGGAUUAAGCAGGUUUUGGGAGGGCAGGUCACAUACUUGUUGUAUAUAGUUAGUAGAUGCACUGUGCUCGUCUCCAUCAUUGCUUAACUAGUGCCUUUCCCAAGGGAGAAACAUACAUUAGUGCACAUAUUAAGCACAGCUUGAGAGCCAUUCUUUCUUCAUGCUUUUACCAUGCUGUUACCUGUUUGUGAAUGAGUUUACCAUUGUGCUUCCUCAAGGCCAUUGCCAACGCUGUUGCACUUUACUGUCCAUUCUUGAGCUAGUCUGUACUGCUUUGUUAUUUAGAGACUAUGAGUUGAUGGCGACAGAAUUGAGUAGUAGAUUGUGAUGCCCUGCGCUGAGCGAUUGUUUCCGGACAACAAAACUCCACCUACUAUAAGAAGUGACUCUGCCCAGGUUGGAAGAGCAUCUUGUUGUACAUUAAAGUGAGAUGGAGUAUUAAA